UUUUCUAAAUACGGGUGGGAAGUGUUAACCUCCGGUGAGCUGAAGAGACACGGGUUUCUCAUGACCCCUGUUAUUUUAUUCUCGUUUCUUUAAAUAUUAUUUUUUUUCUCAAGUGCACAAUGGCUGGAAGUCGACUUGAGAAGGUCGGAACUGUUUUUACCCGGGUUCGAGAUCUUAUGCGUGCUGGAGUCAUCAAAGAGUCUCAGAAACCUGUUUGGUUUGAUGUGUACUCUGCAUUUCGUCCGAAGAGAGAACCCGUCUAUGUGAAACCAUUGAGACUGUCGCGACGGAAAACUGAGGAGAACGUGCCUGAAAUCUUUUACAAGGAAGAUCAAAUACGAGCGAAAUUCUACGAGUUGUACGGAAAUGGACCUAAAGCGUUUGAUCUCACAAAAACCAACUUUGUAUCAAGCUGCCAGAGGUUUGUGGAGAAGUACAGUGAAUUGGAGAGCAGAGGAGAUGUGAAGCCAGAGAUGCUCCUCGACGAAACGGCAAAGGCUCUUCUUGCCGAUGGUAUAGUGCUCAGGAGGAGAGGUGGCGGACCUGCUGUGGCAGCAGAGACACAUAAUCCUGUUCUGUCUAUGAAGUUAACUGACAUGUUGGCUGAACAACAAAAAGGCACACGGACUCCAGAGGAGCACACACACACCCCUUCCACCGACUCUUCAAACACUUUAUAGUGUAAAGGACUCGUUCGUUCAUUCUGAAUAGAAAUCUAUGUAAUCAAUAUAAAAUGCAGCUUGCAAAGCACCAAGGACAUGUUCAAUGACCACUUUGUUGAUGAUCUUCCUUAAUUUUACUCUCAGCAGACAGAACUGAGAAGUGGAAGUGAUCAUUUCAAUUUUACAAAACAAUCUGUAUUCAGUCACUCUGUGUGUGGACACCUGACCAUCACGUGCAUGUGCAUUUCUUCUAGACUGUUGCCACAAAGUUGGAAGCACACAGUUGUAUAGAACCUCUUUUUAUGCUCUAACAUCAGACAUGGGGGGUGUGUGUGUGUGUGUGUGUGUGUGUGUGUGUGUGAAGGUCAGAGUGGAAAAACUCUAGUGUCCUGCAGAGUCCUGUCCCUAACAUCAACCCCACUGAAAACCUUUAUAAUGAAUAAUAAACACAGAGUUCAUGAACUGUUCUAGAAAGCCUCCCCAGAUUAGUGGAGGUUAUUAUAACAGCAAAGCGGGACUGAAUCUGGUUUUUAUUUCCAACAAACACAGUUUUGUGAGUUAUGUUCAUGUGUCUACAAAAUGUUUGCUGAUAUAAUCUAUGAUUUAUUAAUAAAUAGUCAAAUUAAACAUCAUUUAAAA